AUGUAUCGACAAAUUCAGCUCGAUCCUCGCGAUUUCGACUAUCAGAGGAUCUUGUGGCACCCGGCGCCGGAUGACGAGCCGCGCGAAUAUCACCUAAUGACCGUCACUUACGGCAUGUCCUGUGCUCCGUUUCUCGCGUUGCGAGUCCUUCAGCAAUUGAGGAGUGAUGACGGAACCGACUUCCCUCUCGCCGCUCCGCUCUUGAAAAAUAACAUCUAUGUCGACGAUGUACUAUUCGGGAGCGACAUCGGGCAGACGAUCGAAGUCCGGAAUCAGCUCACAGCGUUGCUACGACGAGGCGGAUUCGAGCUUCGUAAAUGGUCCGGGAACUCAGCCGCGCUUCUCACAGAUCUCGAUGAGGCGAAUCAUGGACUCGCGUGCAAAAGAUCACUCGCGACCGAUGAGCGCGUAAAGAUUCUCGGGAUCAAUUGGACGCCCGCGGGCGACAACUUUCAAGUUAGCGUGUCGUUGCCAGCCUGCGUCCCCGAGAGCAAGCGCUCCAUUCUAUCGACUAUCGCCAAACUGUACGAUCCACUCGGAUGGGUCACUCCGAUCACGAUCAGCGCCAAAAUCUUUAUGCAGCAAUUGUGGCGACGGAAACUCGAAUGGGACGACCCGAUUCCCGAAAUGCUGGGGUCGCGCUGGCGGGCGAUAUUCUCGAAUCUAUUCUCCUUGGAUGGACUACGCAUUCCGCGAUGGACCGGUUUCGGGCGCGAUAUUCGACACACGGAGCUGCAUGGAUUCGCGGACGCGUCUAACUCCGCGUAUUCUGCCGUUGUUUAUUUGCGACUAACAACACACUCAGAUCAAGUAAUCAUCACGUUGCUCACCGGCAAAUCACGCGUCGCUCCACUGCAGCCAAUGAGCAUCCCGCGUCUCGAACUUUCGGCUGCCGUGCUCCUCUCGCGUCUCGUCGAUUUUGUGCGGUCUACGGGAGAUUACGACAAUGCAACAUGCUGCUGUUGGUCUGAUUCGACGGCCGUGUUGUCGUGGCUGGCGGCGCACCCAUCACGAUGGAAGGCCUUCGUCGCGAAUCGGGUGGCGGAGGUGCACGCGCGUCUCCCGCGCGUUCAAUGGCGGCAUGUUCCGACGGCCGACAAUCCCGCUGAUUGCGCGUCGCGCGGGUAA